AUGAGUAAACCGCAUGAUCCCCUCCGAAUUCCGUUGCGAUCUCCAGAGCCCCAAAGUUCGCACUUUGCCCGUAUAUGCGGAGAAAGUAACAAUCGAAAAUUAUUCAUCUGAGAGAACAGGUUAUUUCAAAGCCUACCGUUGUAAAUCGAACUUACUAAGUGUAAUGGAGUAAAUACUGGGUAUCUCACAUGUGAUUUUGGAUCACCCCUGUAUCCACUUAUCCACACAUACUGUAGAUAGCUUCGUAUCCCAUAAUACAACUCCUAUUCUCGACCCACAUCUGACUCCAUCAUUAUUUACUAAUGGAGUGUGUCGGUGAAGUACGGAACAGCGUGAACUGGAGGCUCCCAUUCGCGAGAAGUCCCUCUUCUUAUGCCGUAGAACAUCGCGUGGAGUGGGACCCGUGGAAAGCUGUCCUCUGAAUGUAAAGAAAGUAGCUUUCCUAACUUCUGCUUCUCCACCUACAUAAAUCAGGAUACUUGAUAAGUUCGAUCUACUAAGGUAUCAGCUAUUUAUUGGCAUAAACCGGGCCAUUCCUCGGUUCUGGACUUCAGACUACUUCGAUUGUUGUUCCAUUUCAAAGUGCGAAAAGUAAAGGUCAAUAAUGGAGGCGAGCACCCUAUAUCUGUAUACGUAGUCUUUCUCCCAAAUACAAAAGUUGUCCGAAGAGUACUUACACACCCUGAGAUGGCGGAUCGAGCUGUUUAG